AUGGUCAGCAUAUUACGUUCGUUUUCGCAACGUUUCAACAAGAAACGAGUCCCACGAUCAGAUGAGAUCGACAAGACUCAUAACAACAUAAAGCCAGAUCAGAUCAACAUUCGCAAGCAAUUCCUCUGUAAAAUCAUUUUACUUGAUGGUACUGAUCUGAAUAUUGCCUUGUCGAGGAAGGCGGUUGGUCAGGAGGCCUAUGAUAAGGUGUUUAAUCACUUGGAUUUGGACGAAAGUGAUUACUUUGGCCUACAGUACACUGAUCACUACAAUGUUCAGGUGGGUUAUUGCAACCUUUUUUUGACUUUUUGGUUUUAUGGCGUUUGGGAGACACAAUUUCAUAGUAUUUGACGAUUAUUAUGACGUAUUUUACAUCCCAUUUUAAACAAUUAACAGCUUUUGUUUGUCUGGGACAUCUUUCAUCGUAUAACAUGUCAGUUUUUUGUUCUUGACCAUAUAAACUGAACCUUACAGUAAAAAUAUGUAAAAUAUUGGUUUUGAAAACAAAAUUGACAUUUUUUAAACAUUUUUUAAAUAAAAAUGCACGUUGUUUGUAUGGGACAUGUUUUAUCGUAUAACAUGUCAUUUUCAUCGUAUAACAUAUCGCUUUUUUUCAAAUUUUGCCGUUUUACACCAAACUUUUUGUAAAAAUAUAUAAAACAUGACAAAACAAAUCACAUAGAGCAUAAAAAGUCUAUUUUCAAUUGGUAUUUCAUAAAUAAUGUCACAUUUGCAGCACUGGCUGGACCCCUGGAAGAAGAUCCGAAAGCAGAUUUCGAUCGGUCGCAUUUGUACCUUUCGAUUCCAAGUCAAGUUCUUCUCGUCCGAACCAUCGAAUUUGCGAUCCGAAUUCACGAGGUAUCAGUUCUUCCUUCAAUUGAAGAAUGACAUUCGAACUGGCAAAAUGAAGUGCCCAAAAAGCUCUGUCAUUCAGAUGGCCGCGCUUCAGUUGCAAUGUAAGUUACUGUAGUAGUUGUGAUAGGGUAGGGUAAGGUAGGGUAUAAUAAGGUAAAAUAGGGCAUGUUAGGGUAGAUCACAAAAAAAAAGUUUCUUUUAACUUUUAAAAUUUUUUUUGUUUUGACACUUUCCAUCGUAUAACAUAUCGCUUACUAAAAUAUUUUUUUCGAAAUUUGUGGGUCACAUAGGCUUAAAAAUGGCAUACUGCAUAGAUUUAUGUAAAAUAGAAAAAUUUUUUUUGGCAGGUUUCAUCGUAUAACAUGUCACUUUUUGUCAUAUUUGGACAUGAAAUUAGUAAAAAAAGUUAAAAUUGUUAAAAAUAGGCAAGAAAACAGUAUUACAGCGUAUUUUAACUAAAAAAUUGUAAAAAUUUUGUUUUGGAGAUGUUUCAUUGUAUAACAUGUCACUUUUCUCCAUUUCGGGUUUAAAAUUCUCUAAAAUACGUCAAAUUUCAGCUGAAUGUGGAGACUACAACCCAGAACAGCAUAAUGCAGCUUUCGUCUCGGAAUUUAGAUUCCAUCCGGAGCAGGACGAAGAAAUGGAGAUUCAGAUCCUCAAACACUGGACCCAAUUGCUAGGGCGCAGCCCGGCAGAAGCCGAACAAACAUACCUCGACUUGGCCAAGCGAUUGGAGUUCUAUGGGGUUGAGUUGUACGAAGUUGUGGCCAAAGAUGGCAAUAGGUAUAUGUUGGGGUUGACGCCUUCUGGAGUCAUCGUGCUGGACAACAGUAUCCUCAUCGGGCUUCUGUUCUGGCACUUCAUGCCUCAGUUCUCCUUCCACAACAGACAUAUUACGAUAGUGCUGGAGGAGCACAUCAACGACGAGAUUCAGCAGCACACGUUUGUGUUCGAAUUGGCUAGCCAAAAGGCGUCGAAACAUGUGUGGAAGAGGGCGGUCGAGUAUCAUACCUUCUACAGGAUGAAGAGACAUCGACCUCACAGGAAGGCGGCCGACCAGAUCAUGAGGUUCAGAAGCACUUUUGAGCAUCGGUAAGUAUUUUACCCUACCCUACCCUACCCUACCCUACCCUACCCUACCCUACCCUACCCUACCCUACCCUACCCUACCCUACCUUACCCUAUCUUACCUUGUCUUGGCUUACUGUACUAAAUUUUCAGCGGCCGAACCGAAUUCGAGAACGUGAACAACCCUUUGAUGCGUCGUGAUCAACGUUCCAUUACCUUCCAACGUAAACCAUCUCAACGCUACGGUCCUAGGCAGUCUCAUAUUCAGAAAUUACGAGAGGAACGUGAAAAGAAGAACGCUGAGGCACGGCAGAGGCAGUUGGAGAACGCUGGUCAAGUUAGCAUGGAGUCUUCUCAACAAAACUCUGAAGCACGGUACAACUCUAAUGGCUCACGGUAUGGCACGGAGGGCUCACAGUGGGCUUCUGAAGGUUCACAGUAUCCUUUUGAAAGCUCACGGUACGAUUCAGAGGCUUCACGGUAUGCUUCUGAAGCCAAGAACGGCCAAAACUUGCAGGAGAAGCAGCUUUCUGAAGCUGAAAGCCGACUUCCUGUAGCACAUUCAUCCCAGCCCAACGUUCUGGGAAGUGUGCAGAACACUCACGACACCCAUCAUAGUACUAGCUUAGUACCAGAAGUACCAAACAGCCAAAAUAACCAUCAAAUGAGCCAAAACUGUACCAAAAACGAGCUGUUUGGUACCUCAUACCUGUCGAAAUCACCUAUAUUAUCAGCUUCAGAAGCCUCUACCACCUUUGACGCGGUUCAAAGUACCAAUAUUAAUGGUACUGUACAAGCUAGCAAUACUACUGUAUCUAUGGUAGAGGUUAGAGAUGAGAAUGAUGGGAGAAGUAAUGUAAAUAUUGUACCUAGAGCUGGCUUAACAUCUUGUAGUAGGAUCCCACGGUAUGGCAUGGUAAGAGUUUUUGAUGUUCAAGUGUGUGAGAGAGUGGUACUGUUAGUAGUACCGUUACUAUAAUUUUUUAAAUUUUUUUUUGAUAAAUCAGUAUAUAUACUGUUUGACCUUAGUACAGUGGGUACUGUAAAGUGAUGAUAGAAUAGGGUACUGUAAGGUCAUAAUAUGUAGGGUACUGUAAGGUCAUGAUAGAGUAGGGUACAGUAUGGUCAUGAUAAGGUAGGGUACUGUAAGGUCAUGAUAGAGUAGGGUACUGUAAGGAUAUGAUAGAAUAGGGUAUUGUAAGGGCAAGGUAGAUUAAGGUUGGGGAAAGUCUUGCAAGGUACUGUUGGAGUACUGUAAGGUCAAAAUACGGUAGGGAAUUGUAAGUAGGGUAGAGUAGGGUAGGGUAGGGUAGAGUAGAGUAGGGUAGGGAAGAGUAGGGAAGGGUAGGGUAGGGUAGGGUAGGGUAGGGUAGGGUAGGGUAGGGUAGGGUAGGGUAGGGUAGGGUAGGGUAGGGUAGGGAAGGGAAGGGUAGGGUAGGGUAGGGUAGGAUAGGGUAGGAUAAGGUAGGGUAGGGUAGGGUAUUGCACUUUAUAUUAAACUUUGCUUAAUAAUACCUAACAUAACAUUAUACUUGCUUAUCAUUAACCUACCUUUAUAUAACUUCUAUCAAAGCUUGACUAACCUUUUCAUUACCUAACAAACUCCAUUUCAGCUCCAAGCCCGUCGAGCCCAUUCGCCUAACAAUCAACAAAUACUGCUUUAAUUUCAGUCGCAAACUCUUUUCCAUGCCAAAUAACAAUCUUUAUUUCAAUGCAAAAUGUCGGUCUAUAAUAAUAUUAUUUUUGUUUUCAUUUCAAGUUGCAUAACCUGUAGAAUAAAUAUUUUUAUUUUUUCUUUGAUUUUUCAUUGCUUGUAAAGAAAGUUAUUGCUAUUUUAUGUUUUGUAAAGAAAGUUUUUGCCAUUUUAUGUUUUGUAAAGGAAGUUCUUGCCAUUUUUCAUGAAAUAACGAGAUUUUGUAAUCAUGCAGCCUGCAGGUGACAAGUUAUACGAUAAAUUCUAUUUUUUUGUUUUGUAAAGAAAGUUCUUGCUAUUUUAUGUUUUGUAAAGGAUGUUCUUGUGAUUUUUUAUAAAAUAACGAGAUUUUGUAAUUAUGCAGCCUGCAUAUGACAAGUUAUACGAUAAAUCUAAUGUUAAUGUUUGGUAAAGAAAGUUCUUGCCAAUUUUAGUCAUGUAAACAACUUUAUUACCGUUUUGGGUUUGUAAAGGAAGUUUUCGUCAUUUUAAACCAUAACUCAAUAGAUUUUUCAUCCUGCAGCUUGCGGGUGACAAGUUAUACGAAAAACAAUCUUUUGAAAAGAAAGUUUUUGCCAUCUUUAGUUUUGGAAAGAAAGUUCUUGUCAUUUCUAGUCUUGUAAAGAAAGUUAUUGUUAUGUGUUUUGUAAAGAAGGUUGAUGUCAUUUUUUAUAAGAUAACAAAAUUUGGUAAUUGUGCAGCGUGCAGGUGACAAGUUAUACGAUAAAUAUCAUUUAUUGUUUUGUAAAGAAAGUUUUUGCUAUUUUCAAUCAAAUAUUUAAAUUUUACCUGUCAACAAAAAAAAUUAACAAAUUUUUCUAAAAUUUAGCUUAAAGUCAAAAAAGAAUGUCAUAAACCUCCAAUUUUAGCCCACCCUUCCCUUAUAUGAAGAACCAGCCGACGCUUUGCCAGACCCUCCAGAAACCCCAAAAAUGAGGUUUUUAAAUCGACCAAAGUCGAUAAAUGGCUACCCAAAAAUCCACUCGACCGAAAUGAACCGAAGUACAACAAGUUUUGGCGUUGAGAUGGCCAAACAGCAACGAUAUCCGAAUAGGGCCGUCGUUAUGACACAGCUUUAA